UUUCCCACUUCCUGUUUCACACUUGCAACGCUAUUUAGGGUUUUGCAGUACUCUUACAGACAGAUAAAAGAUAAAAACAAAGAAGAACAGAAGGUGGGGAAGGUAAUAAUUAGGAUCUGGACAAUCGUGCAGGCUAUGUUAGAGAACUAACAUGACCUUGUCGGUUGCUCUGAAAAAAUACUCUUCCUUCUAGUAUGCGUGACAUCCAUUUCUUGUAGUUAUUGCUGCUGUUUGAUUUUUAUUACAAGUAAGCUACAAAACCAACCUGCCUGUUCCUUCAAUGGAUGAUUUUAAUGGGUUCGGAUGGGAUUUUAGGAAACAAAACCCACAUCUUCUACGCAUUUAUAAAUAUAUAGAAAUGAAUCAUUAUCUCCCUCUCUCUCUCUCUCUCUCUUACUUUUUCAUCUCUCUUUUCUGCUAAAUCCAAUGUUUCAACUCCCUUCUUCCUUGAUCUCAAUCCUGCAACUAGCUAUCCAUUAGCUUCUCAGUACUUUUCAUGGUGCAAUUACAGCUUCAUUACUCUAGAUCUACAGUUUAAUUAAGUUAUCAUCCUAAAUCUUAGUUAAAUCUCCAUAGCUUUCUAGCUUGUAGGGGCCCAUAUACACUAGAUAAUGUUAUUUUUCCCUUUUCCUAAUUUUUUUUCUUUUUGCCUUUGUUUUUAUUAGGUUGGGUUUCACAGAAAUUAAUAUUUCUAAUUCAUCUAAUCAUAAGUCUAUCUACUGCUCAAUGACUCGGCUUACGUCUUUAAGGAUAUAGUGUUAUGGUGGGUUUGUACCCAUUAAUGUCAAAAUCAGAAUAAGAAAGGAGAAUAUAUUCAGGGUUACCAAGUAAUUACUUCUUUGAUGUCUGGGAUUUGGCUGCCUUAAAUUAGGGUUCAUUUCAAAGGAUCGCAAGCUAAGCAGCAGCCGAUGGUGAUGACGAUGGUGAUGGUGAUGACGAUGAUUUCUUGAAAAAGGAAGAGAGGAAAGAUCAAAACUUAGGUUUGGAGCUUUUUCAUUUUGCAGAUCAGUUUGAUGGAAGUGAGGGGGCAAGAAAAGGGAAUAGCGAUGCCCAGCUCUUUGGGUUGCAAUCCAACUAAUAGAGAUUCUUCCUCUAAAGUCCCCUCUUCUAAUAUACUUUCAGCCUUUGGAGAAACAAAAGAGGACGAUCAUCAUCAUCAUCAUCAAAACCUUGAACGCUACCCUCUUUUUCACCAUCACCAAAUGAAUCUACAGAAUCUCCCUCUCAAACCCACUGGAGGUCCUGAACAAACACAAGAUCCAACUCCAGCUCCGGCUAUGAUCACUGCAGUAAGUGCAAACAACAGGGUUGCCUCUGUUCCUAGUAGAUCCAGUUCUAGAUCACCACCAGCACCUCCGGGGCCGCCAACAUCAACAGGAUUAGUUAGAUACCGAGAAUGCUUGAAGAAUCAUGCCGCAAGCAAAGGAGGGUUUGUUGUAGAUGGAUGUGGAGAAUUCAUGCCAACCGGUGAAGAGGGUACGGCAGAAGCCUUGAGAUGUGCAGCUUGUCAAUGCCAUAGGAAUUUUCAUAGAAAAGAGAUUGAUGGAGAACAUCAAAGUGCAGCAACUAAUAGUUACUACAAAGACAAUAACCAAAGAAAUACCAUACCUCAACAACAACUAGCCACUUCACAUCCUCCUAUCUCACAACCAUCAGUUCAUUAUCAUCAUAGAUACCCUCACGGGCUAACUUUAGGUGCCCCGACUACAACACCUGCACCGACGAUUGUAAUGACCUUCGGUGGCGGAGGAGCUGCCGCAGAAUCAUCAAGUGAAGAUCUUAAUAUGUUCCAGUCAAAUGUGCAAGGUUACGGAUCUAUACAGCCAUCAUCUUUGUCAAAGAAGAGGUUUCGGACAAAGUUUAGUCAAGAACAAAAGGAAAAAAUGUUGGAAUUUGCAGAAAAAAUAGAAUGGAAAAUCCAAAAACAAGAUGAACAAGAAGUGCAGCAGUUUUGCUCCAAAGUGGGUGUAAAGAGAAAGGUUUUCAAGGUUUGGAUGCAUAAUAACAAACAAGCAAUGAAGAAGAAGCAAAUGUGAGAAUCCAAAUCCUUGAGAACCAUAUAUGUACUUACAUAUGCAUAUUAUUGUUGCAGGAAAUUGAAUAGUUUUCAAUAAAUAAUAGUAGAUAUUAGAUGUGCACAACUCAAUAUAAGUUAGGAAAUAGGUUAAACACCCACUAAUACUAAUAUUUGUCUCGGAAAUACUUGCUAAUAAUGCUCAUUGUCAUGAAUCUUUCUUGUUUAAACAAACAAAGAACAAUUAGUUCCCUUUU